UUUAAAGGUUCCUGCGAUGUAAAAUGUUAUCACAGGCAAUAGAGGAAUUCAAGAAAGGAAAAGUUGAAUAUCGAGCCGAUAAAACUGGGAUUGUCCACUUACCUUUCGGAAAGGCAGAUUUUUCAGAGGAAGAUCUCAUUGCAAACUUUCUUGCAGCUGUGAAAUCGGUAGAAUCAAACAAGCCGACAGGGGCAAAAGGUGUGUACUGGAAAAGUGCUCAUGUAUGCUCGUCGAUGGGGCCGUCGAUUCGGUUGAACAUCAGAGAUAUGCUCGAGUACAAGCUCUCAUGAACAUUACAUCUAAUUUUGUAGAGUAUCUUCUGUAUCCUUUUCCAGAAUGUGCUAAGUGUAGAAUAGGCAAAAUGGAUUUGACAGUUAAGAGCCUUCCUAUGCCAAGAAAUAUGAAUUGGAAAUCAUCUUUGUUCA